AUGGAUGGCAAAGUGAUUAGAGCAGGUGUUAUUAAGACAACUGCAGCCUUGGUAGAUAGAGGCUUGGAGGACUCGGACACGCCCUUGAUUCAUAUGUACGAGCUCUUCAAGUCGACGAACAAAAGUAAUCGAUUAGGAAAGGAGAAAGGGGUACAAAGCUCCAUUGUACGAGUCGAGAUUGAUGCAUUGUUGAAUGAGGUACAUGUGGAUGUUGGGGUAAGAAUGGAGGAAGAAGAAGAAAAUGAAAGGGGAACAAAUAUAUCUCCUCAGAUAGAUGAGGAGGAUAGAUGA